AUAAAAGGGCGGUGAGACCAAGCUCCUUCCAUCCGUCCCUCUCCUCAUCAGCAACUACUACUACUACCAACUCGCCUUCGCAGCAGCCUGCACACCAACAACUCCACACCAACUCCUCACACUCGCACCGCAAUGUCUUCCAUCCUCGUCACCGGUGCUACUGGCAAGCAAGGCCAAGCCACCCUGGCCGCCCUCGCUCAGGCCCAAGUAGCCAACGUCAAGGCUCUUACCCGCAACCCUUCCGGGCCCCGCGGCCAAGCCCUCUCGCAGGAUUACAAUGCUCAACCAGUCAAGGGCGACCUCAAUGACAAGGCAUCGCUCCAGUCGGCCAUGUCCGGCGCCUCUGCCGCCUUCCUCGUCACCACCUUCGACGAUGCCAAGGGAACGGACGGUGAAGUUGAGAAGGGCAAGAUCUUCGUCGAUGCCGCGCUCGCAUCUCCCUCCGUCAAGCACAUUGUCUUCUCCUCUGUCGGAUCGGCGUCGUCUGCCCCUUCAGUCCCACACUUUGCCUCCAAGGCCAAGAUUGAGGACUACCUCAAAGCCCAAUGGAAGGGCGAGAAUCGCACUUGGACUAUCGUCCGUCCUGUCGCCUUCUUCGAUAACUUCGACCCCAACCCUGGAAUGGCCCGCUUUGGCGCCCUCUCCUUCUUCGGAUCGCUGCUCGGCAACACCAAGGUCGACUUCAUCGCCGUGGAGGACAUCGGCCGCGUAGCCGCUCUUGCCCUUCAGUCUCCUCAGAAGUUCCACGGCCAGACAAUCGAGCUCGCUUCGCAACACCUCAGCACGGCUGACAUUCAGAAGGCCAUCCCCGGCGGAGCGUGGAAGAUGUACAUCCCGCCGUUUAUCCUCUUCAAGAUCUUGCCCUACGACUUGUCGCAGAUGUUCAAGUGGUUCGUCAGCGAUGGCUACCAUGGCGAUCUGCAGGCUGUGAGGAAGCAGUUCCCCUUCUUGCUCACCUUUGAGCAGUGGGCCAAGAAGGGACAGGACGCUGCCGCCGCCAAAAAGAAGAAGGCGUAGCUGCAGAGGGGAGCUGAAUGAGAGAGGUUCCUGGAUGAGCAGUGAGGCGCUCCGGCGCUUUGAGCAUCCCCAGAUACCCCCUUUGUUUCAUCUGUGACGGCCGCGACUCGCGUCGAUUGUACCUUGGCUUUCCGGUCUCUAUUUUCUCGUAUAGAUGCAAUAUCGAUGGCUCGUAUCCCAAUC